AUGGAACCAGGAAAUGAUACACGAAUUUCAGAGUUUCUUCUUCUGGGAUUAACAGAGGAACCAGAAUUGCAAACCCUCAUAUUUGGGCUUUUCCUCACCAUGUACCUGAUCACUGUGUUUGGAAAUCUACUCAUCAUCCUGGCCAUUGGCUCUGACUCCCACCUCCACACCCCCAUGUACUUCUUUCUUGACAACCUGUCCUUUGUAGACAUCUGUUUCACCUCCACCACCAUCCCCAAGAUGCUGCUGAAUAUCCAGACUCAGAGCAAAGUGAUCACUUAUGAAGGCUGCAUCUCACAGAUUUAUUUUCUCAUACUCUUUGCCGUGUCAGACAUCUUUCUUCUGAGUGUGAUGGCCUAUGACCGGUAUGUGGCCAUCUGCCACCCCCUACACUACAUGGUCAUCAUGAACCCUCAUCUCUGUAAACUGCUAGUUCUGGUGUCCUGGAUCAUGUCUAUCCUGAAUUCCUUGUUACAUAGUUUAAUGAUGUUGCGGCUGUCCUUCUGUACACACUUCCAAAUCCCCCACUUUUUUUGUGAACUCAACCAGAUGAUCCAACUUGCCUGUUCUGACACCUUUCUUAAUAACUUGGUGAUGUAUUUUGCAGCUGUCCUGCUGGCUGGUGGUCCUUUCGCUGGGAUCCUUUACUCUUACUCUAAGAUUGUUUCCUCCAUACACAGAAUCUCAUCAUCUCAGGGCAAGUAUAAAGCAUUUUCUACCUGUGCAUCUCACCUCUCAGUUGUCUCCUUAUUUUAUUGUACGAUGCUUGGUGUGUACCUUAGCUCUGCUGCUACCCAGAGCUCCCACACAAGUGCAGUGGUCUCUGUAAUGUACACUUUGGUUGCACCCAUGCUGAACCCCUUCAUCUACAGCCUGAGGAACAAAGACAUAAAGAGGGCUCUGAAAAGAAUCAUUGGGGUUCCAGAGAUGUAA